UUUCUUUUUUGUGGAUUCCUACCACUCCCCCGACGAGGCAAGCAGCAAGCGUUAAUUCCAUUCCUUAAUUGCCAAUGGCGACCGCCUUCGCCAGUACGGCCUUGCGGCGGGCGCCUUGGGAUAAACUCCACGGCAAGGAAGGCAUCCGAAGCCUCGGGGGCCUUAAUAGCUUCUUCCUCCCGUGGCUGAGACUCUGGUCCCGCGGGCUGGUAGGGCAUCGGCAUGGGUGGUCUUGCUGUCUCCGCCUUCGUGCUGUUUUCUUGGGUGCUUUUCUUGUCCUGCAUCUUCUCAGUGGAUGGACUGUCUAAAGUGAGGGGUGUUAACUUGGGAGGAUGGUUGGUCAUUGAAGGGUGGAUUAAGCCAUCACUUUUUGACGGGAUUCCAAAUGGGGAUAUGCUCGAUGGGACACAGGUGCAGAUCCGCUCAGUGGUAUUAAACAAGUAUGUUAGUGCGGCCAAUGGUGGUGGCUCAAAUGUGACAGUGGACCGUGAUGUGGCCUCAACGUGGGAGACAUUCUGGCUUUGGAGGGUUUCAGAUAAUGAAUUUCAGCUUCGGUGCCUUGGAGGUCAAUUUUUGACAUCAAACAGUGAAGAUGGUUUGAUCUUGGCUACUUCAAAGCAUCCAUUGUCCACUGAAACUUUCUCCAUUGAAAGGAAUGCUAGAAGGGUUCAUAUCAGACUUCUGAAUGGAGGCUAUGUGCAAGCGACAAACGAUCAUCUGCUUAUUUCCACUUAUCAAUUCCAACCAGGAUGGGAUAAUAAUUUAGCGACAUUUGAAUUGGUGAUCGUUGCCAAUAACUUGCAUGGGGACUACCAGCUUGCCAAUGGUUAUGGCCCUGACAAGGCGAAGAUGGUCUUAGAAGAGCACAGAAGAAGUUUCAUUACAGCAAAGGACUUUGAUUUCCUGUCUCGCCACGGAAUUAAUACUGUGAGAAUUCCUGUCGGAUGGUGGAUAACACAAGAUCCUUAUCCACCUUCUCCAUUUGUUGGAGGGUCUUUGGCAGCCCUGGACCUAGCAUUUUCAUGGGCACAAUCUUAUGGUUUGAAAUGUAUAAUCGAUCUUCAUGCUGCUCCUGGUUCUCAAAAUGGAAUGGAACAUAGUGCGAGCAGGGAUGGUUCUGUGGCCUGGCCCUCUCCUGAAUAUAUCUCACAAACAUUGGAAGUCAUUGACUUCCUGGCGACAAGGUAUGGAGGCCAUCCUUCCCUUUUGGGUAUUGAGCUUCUGAACGAACCUUCUGCAGCUACAGUUACUUUAGAUGUUCUUGUGUCCUACUAUAUGAGGGGAUACCAAAUUGUGCGAAACCAUUCGUCAACUGCAUAUGUUAUUCUCUGUCAAAGAAUUGGGAAUGCAGACCCAAUUGAACUGUUUCAAGCUGGUAUUGGUCUUUCAAAUGUCGUAGUUGAUUUACACUACUACAACUUGUUCAAUCCAUACUUUGCCACCAUGAAUUCCAGUCAGAAUAUUGAUUUUAUUUACAAGAUGAGAGCACCACAGUUACAAGACCUUAAGGGCAUGAAUGGGCCUCUUGUCUUCAUUGGUGAAUGGGUUAAUGAAUGGGACGUGCAAAAUGCAUCUCAGUAUGAGUAUCAGAAGUUUGGCAGUGCUCAGUUGGAUGUUUAUGCCAACGCUACCUUUGGGUGGUCGUACUGGACACUUAAGAAUGACAUGAUCCAUUGGGACUUCGAGUGGAAUAUUAAGAAUAAGUACCUAUUAUUCAGUGGUUCAUCCAUGCUGAAGACACCAAGCUUCCUGCUGCUGCUAGCGUUAGGAUGGGGAAUUCACCUGAUCAUCAUGCCAAGAUAACCUGGAUUCUAGGAACUAAGCUGAUUGGAAGUGUGGAUGUACACAUAGACUACUCAAAUCCGAAUUAUAGUUGAGGCAAAAUUGGUGCAUAUAUCUUUCUUAUAUAAAGUCAUGUAGUUGCUCCUAGGUUUCUCCAGUUUUUUUAUGAAAAAAAAAGAAAUCCUGGAUUACUCGAACAUCUCGUAGCACACCUUCGUAAUGCAAUAUGUUACUCAGCUGACG